UCCUUGAUUGCCCCCCUUCCUCUUUCGUUUCUUCUGCUGCCAACAAAUUGGACCAAGUCUAGGCAUCGUCAAAAUGCAAGCCGUAAGAUCCUUCAUUCGACCUGUAGCCUCUGUUGUGGGAAGACGGUGUAUUCAGACCAGCAGUGUUGCAAACAUGCCCGUGAAGGCCAGUGACAAACUUCCCUCUGUGGAUUUGUUUGAAGGAGCCCCAGACGCCAAAGUGAACACUGGUGAUUUCGGCAAAGGCAAAGUUGUCAUCUUCGGAGUGCCAGGAGCAUUCACACCAACAUGCUCAAAGGACCACGCCCCCGGCUUCGUGUCCUCCGCUGAUGCCCUGAAGGCCAAGGGCGUGAAGGACAUCGUCUGUGUCUCCGUCAACGACCCCUUCGUCAUGGCGGCCUGGGCCAAGUCUGUGGAUCCCGACAACAAGAUUCGCUUCCUGGCAGACACAAAUGGAGCCCUGACUAAGGCACUCGAUGUCGAGUUGGAUCUUACGGCUGUUCUGGGGAAUGUGCGUUGCAAACGCUACGCCCUUGUGGCGGAGGACGGUGUGGUCAAGGCUGUGAACAUUGAGCCUGAUGGCGCCGGUCUCUCCUGCAGUCGGGCUGCGGAUAUCCUCAAGAUGGUUUGAUCGUCGUCAUCCCCAUGUGUCGUUAUCCUCAACAGUGAGCAAGCAAGGCACCAACCCACCUCGAGGCGAGGCUCACAAUUAGUCUCACACACACACACACACACACACACACACACACACACACACACCCCAAUGUGUUACUGUUGCCUCGGAGGAAAGAAUGUGGCCGUCGACCUUAACGGCUGAGAUACACACUUGUAUCCAUUGUUGUAUCCGUUGUUGUUUUUUUAUGUUAGUGUGUUUCGCCUACGGAAACAUUCUUAGUGUGUGUAGGUUGAUUGGUUCACUUGAAGCUUAUUCUGACAGAUAAUGAACAACCGGUGGAUGCCUAGUAUUUUCUAAUCAUUAGUGGAAAUUGGCAUGUAUGUCUCGUUCUUAAUAUCAGAAUUAAUCGGUAUUACUUUUUAUCAAGCACCUCAUAUACCUAUUGUAAUGAUAUUUAGUCCCUACAUGUCUGUAGUUGGGAAGAUAUUUCCUCUUUAGAUAUUAAAACUUCUGCCAUUGAUUUUUAGCAUUUCAUAAUUUCUGUUUCGACCUUUUGCGGGUUCAACGGGAUUUGAUAUUCACAGCUGAUUGGUUUUGUUGUUCCUGUAAAACCAAGUUCAUCUUUUCUCUCUUCUUUUUUUUUAGCUAUUAUGAUGGUUAGUGUCUUGCAGCAAUAGUGAUCCAUUGAUGUAUUUGUGCACACUUCAGUGUCAGAGACAAAGAAAAGGAAAAUCAUUUUGGUCUACUUUAUGGAAACAGUUUACUCUAGUUUUUGAGAACAGUUUUCUUUUGAUUAAAUAAUGCUGAAAAUGAAAAAUUGUGUUUCCAAUGUUCUGUUGACUAGUUUGCUCACUUCAAUGUACUCUCCAGCAGCUAAUGAUGAAAUUAUACUUGCAAUCUCAGAACAGUGGACUGUUUUUGUAAUCUUUAAAACAAUAUGUAAUCAAGAUUUUGAAUUUGAAUCGAGCAUUGAUUUUGUUGUUUUACAUUUGGGACCUGUCUGACUAAUAUGAGAUCUAAGUACGUAAAUUAAAAUGGCUUUAAAAUAUUGCUUGAUAAAAUAUAAAUACAUGCUGUAACUUGUAAGCAUUUCGCUUUCAAGGGUAUUGUCAGUAAGAUGCUGAAGAUGUUUUCUAAUUUUAUUUUGCCUUGUCUUGUCACGAGCUGAACUUAUGAAUAAAUUUCCGCAAAGCCACAUAUAGCUGUCAUGCACUAAAACGCAAUAACCUUGUUGUCCCAACUAACUCCUGCAUGUUGCCACGUCCAAUUUACCAGACUUUCAUCUCAUGAUUAGUGGAUUUAUGAUAUUAUGCCUUUAUGUAAACACAGCCACCCAGGUCUGUUGAUUAGACAAUGAGAAGGUGAUCAUUGAUUUAUAUCACAAUAAAUUUUGGAGUCCACUGAAAA